AUGGCAGUUACAGAUUGGAUGGUUACACAGGCAAUCGUCGAAAACAACACGGUUGCAUUUAGGAAUUUGGUUGCAGAGGAUGAGCAAGUGCUUGACAAAAGAAUCGGAAAUGGAAACCCUACCCUGCUACACCUUGCUUCUAAAACCGGAAAUGUUGAGAUGGUGUCACUCAUCCUUGACCUGAGGCCAGAAAUGGUGACUGCAGAGAACAAUAAAUCAGAGUCGCCAAUCCAUGAAGCCUGCCGCAUGGGCCACCACAUGGUGGUAGAGCGGCUCAUGGAGGAGAACCAGUGGGUGGCUGGCAAGACCAAUUGCGAGAACCAGAGCGCCUUGUUCCUGGCUUGUAGUUAUGGGCAUCUUAACAUUGUAAAUUUCAUUCUAGAUCACUCCAGUUGGUUGUUGAACAUCAUCGAUGAUGCAAAUUGUCUCCACGUUGCUGCUUCAAGAGGCCAAACAGAUAUUGCUAAAAAGUUGCUAGAAAGAUGUCCGUAUCUUGCUAACCAGAAACACGAAAACGGAUCCUUGGCAUUGCAUGGCGCAUGCAGAAACGGACAAUUUGAGAUUACAAGAACACUUUUAACGAUGGACCCCGACCAAGCUUUUCAAUUUGAUAAAAACGGUUACACACCAUUGCACUUAGCUGCAAUGAACGGGAACCUAGCCAUCAUUGAGGAGUUUUCAUCCAUAGCUCCCUCAUCCUUGCAGCUUGUGUCAAAACAAGGAGAAAAUGUGUUUCAUCUUACCAUAAGAUCUAAUAAGUUUGAUGCCUUCAAAUUUCUACAUGGUAUCCUUAAGGGCGCAAACCUGUUUUAUCAACCUGAUAAGUUUGGUAAUACCAUUCAACAUCUUGCUCAGAUUAGAGGUUUCGAUCAGUUCACAGAGUACAUCAACAGUGAAACAAAUGAGCAAAUUAAUCGUCAAUCUGAAUUGCCUACAACAGCAAUGAACAUAGGAAACCCAUCAGAUAUUCACGUUGAAGAAGCUCCCUUAAAAGAAGAAACACACUUAACCAUAUCACCCGAUAUGAAUGGAUAUAUAAGUUCUUCCACUCGAAUUACAGUACAAGACGAGAAACUUAGCAAUCCUUGCAAGAAUAUCCCAACAAGAGAGCAUAUUGAAUUGCAUACAGAGGCGCUACAAAAUGCAAGAAACACAAUAACGCUAGUUGCUAUCUUGAUAGCCACUGUUGCGUUCACAACGGGAAUGAAUCCUCCCGGUGGUGUCUACCAGGAAGGACCUUUACAGGGAAAGUCAGUUAUGGGACAAAAACGAGCUUUCAAGGUCUUUGCGAUAAGCAAUCACAUUGCCCUAUUUCUAUCACUUUCCAUCGUUGUAGUUCUAGUUAGUAUUAUCCCAUUUCGGAGAAAGCCAUUGAAUAUGAUAUUAGCGGCAGCUCAUAAGGUAACUUGGGUAGCAUUAUCAUUCAUGGCUGUGGCAUAUAUUGCAUCGAUAUGGGUGAUAAUGCCAGAGUCCAAUCACAAAAGUCCUUUGAGACAAUGGUUUAUAGAAGCUCUACUGUCUAUCUGUUUUGGGACUCUUGGAUCUGUGUUCUUUGGCAUAGGAGUUAUGCAAAUUAGACAUCAAUUCAAGAAAUACAGGUGGAGGAAGCACAAGGCAGACCACAUUAAUAUCACUUCCCUCUCAAUAAAUUCAGAUGUGUAUAGUGGCGUAUCAGAUGGAUUUCAUGCCCUCUGA